AUCGAGGACGAGGGUAACCAUGGCAACGAUGAGACGCGCCUCUUCAUCCUCUCCUCGCUGGCCCAGUCCCAGAUGAGCCGGGUGGCCUGCAUUUUGUGCGAGGAGCCGCUGCUCGUUUUCGAUCGCUAUCCCCUGGUCGAUGGCUCCUUCUUCCUGAGUCCCAAGCAGCAUUCCAGCGGCUGCAUCGAGGUUAAAUACGAGGGACGCACUCUCUACUUGACCUGUGUUUGCAUGAGCUGCCUGGACGGAACCUCCAGCAGCCGCGUCAUCAACUGCAGAUUCUGCAAGGAGCCUUGGGAUGGCUCGAGCCUGGUUCUGGGUACCAUGUACGCCUACGACAUCUUUGCGGCCAUGCCCUGCUGCUCCGAGAGGUUUAAGUGCAAUAACUGCUUCAAGAUGCUGAUGCAUCCGCAGCAACGUCUGAGCUUCUACAGUGACUACUCGCACGGGGUGACCUGUCCGUACUGCAACACGCAGGACACGCACUUCGUGAAGCCGCUGAGCUUCUGCUACGCCAAGAGCCCGGCGGCGCGGCUGCCGACGCUCGCAUAACAUGAGGCCCCGUUGGAGUCGCCCGUGGGAACAGGUGCCACCGCCACCCAGGUGCCAAAUGCCCAGGGCGCUCCAACGGCCUCCGGCUGCAGCAGCAACAACACCAUCAUCUCAUCGAACUCGAACAAGCAGCAGCCAGCAAAGCAGCCGCUCUACAAUGCCGCCAUCGAUUAUUCGGCACCGCUGCAGCAGCAGAUUAAUCCGGACUUGAUUGGAGCCCAUCCGCAUGCCCAGCAGCACCAGCAGCAGGUGCGACAGCAGCAGCAGCAACCGCAACAACAGCAGCAACAGCAGCAGCAGCAGCAACAACAGCAACAGCAGCAGCAGCAGCAGCCGACUCAACAGCAACAUCAGCCUGCGGUUAGCUCAUUUCAAAGGGCCAACUUCCCUCAGCAGUCCCAUAAAACCAUGAACAUGAUGGCCAUGGCGGAUGUGAUGAGCAAGUACCAGCAGCAGCAGCAGCAACAGCAACAACAGCAGCAACAGCGCCAGCAGCAACACAACCAGCCGCCACAGCAGCAACAUGCAACACAGAAAGGACUCGAGGGCCUUCUAUUGACCAACAGCAACACAAACACAAACAACAGCAUAAGCAGCAGCAGCAGUAUUAGUAACUUAAUCAUUAGCCAUAAUUCAGCCAGCAAUCCAGGCAGCAAGAUGCAGCCCACUUGGGGCCAGAGCGAUGCCAUCUCGGCCCUGUGGGGCUGCUCCAGCAGCAGCAGCGGCUGCUCCUCGGGCAGUGGAUCGCAGCCCUCGUUGAGUCCGACGGCCAGCAGUCAUGGCAACGAUGGCUCCAAGAUGAUGCUGUGGGCGGCGGCCCAGAGUUCCCCGCAAAAUGCAGCGGCAGCAGCAGCAACACUCAGGGAUGGAUUCAAGGAGUUGCAACAGCAGCAGCAGCAGCACAAUCAGCAGGUGCACCCCGCACAUGCAGCCUCGCCCACAGCCUCGUUGACCAGCUCCAGUUCCUCCUCGAACGGCUGGAGUGCCUCGCACUAUGGCAAGCCCAAUAUCUGGGAGCUGCCGGGAUCAGGAUCAUCGGCUGGCCAGAGGACACCGGCCAGCAGCCACGACAUCUUCACCGAUCUCCUGUGCAACCUGAGCAUCAGUCAGGAUAAUAACAGCAGCCAGCAGGCCAAAGUCGAUGCCUCCGCCUCGGAUGUCAGCUCGAACUCCUCCUCCUCCGCCGGGGAACUCCUGGAGGCGGCCAAUAUCUGGAGGUUUCCCGAGUACGCCAGUCAGCUGUACAACGAGGAGCCCACUGGAGGCGCCGCUGCCUGCAUGCAGCUCUUCAACGACUAUCUCAACAUGAACUAAAAGCAAAGCCUGCAGCAUUUGUUACUCUAGCUAAAUUUAUCAAACAAAAAAAAGAAUAACGAAAAAGAGUAAGCAGGAGAAGGUGGAGAAGCGAAAGUUUUAGUUCUUAAAAUCAUUUGAUUUUUUAUACAAUCACACAUACAUCUUAAAACCGAGAGAAAACAAUGCAAACUAAAAACAA